AUGUCUCUUGGCCAAAGAGUUGGAGCACAAGCCAUUGUGGGGACAUUCCUCACCGUCGCGACCAGCGUAGCGGAGGCGGAGGCCCAUAUUGCCACCACGCGGAGCCGAUUCUGGAGACGGGCCGUGAAGAUGUGGACGGACAUGCAUACCCUUCCUGAAACAAACCCGCUCCGCAGAGGUACAGACCGGAUCAGAAAGUUCAGACGAUAUCAUCGCUCGCCGCUGUACCAAGUGGCAGAUUCGCUUAAGCACAUCGACAUGGAGACACUGGAAACAAUUAACCCGUUCACGUUGGCCCCAUGGGACGAACGCGUACAGGCCAAUAUUGACGGACAACUUGAACCUCAGACUGAAGCGGGCGGAUUGAUGCAGAUCGCGGUCAGCAGCUCGGCACGGAACAAGCUGGUGGGAUUCGGAGUCGCAAUCGAGAAACAGCCACCUCGAAAUCGAAAAUUGAAGCUCAAAACGUUUUCCAUCACAUUGGGCGCGAGAGCAGAGCAAAACCCGUUCUCUGCGGAGCUGGCAGCCAUGGCACAUGUGUUGAAAAUGGUAGUGGGAAUCAAGGACUACAGGACUACGUUGCUCACAAGCAACAAGGCGGCGGCGCUCACGCUAAGGAACCCCCGACGACAGUCUGGCCAGAAGUUUGUUUGUCAGACGUACAAGUUGAUGAGAAGAUUGCGGACGAAUGGAAACCGCAUCAAAUUCCACUGGAUCCCUACUACCGAAGACAACAAGCUUUUAGGUCUGGCUAAAGAACAGGCCAGAACUGCAACACAAGAAGAUGCUCUCCCACAAGAACACGUCUCGAGGAUGAAGUCAACGACAUUGAAUAUCGCACGCUCCCAAGCAGUCCCCAGCAGUGAGCUAUUAGAGAACAUAGGAAGACACGCAAAACGAGUGGAUUCCGCACUCCCAGGAAAACACACUCGGCAGUUGUAUGAUCGCCUCACGUGGAAAGAAGCGAACGUACUGGCCCAACUCCGAACCGGCAUGGCUAGACUCAAUGGGUAUCUCAAUCAAAUUAAUGUAGCAGAGACGGAUGAAUGCGACUGCGGACAAGCAAGAGAGACCGUGGAGCACUUCCUCUUCCGAUGUCGGAAGUGGACGGCGCACCGGACGGAAAUGUUACAAUGCACGCAGACUCACCGAGGAAACAUAUCCUUCUUCCUGGGCGGAAAACAGGCGUCUGAUGAUCAGAAGUGGACGCCAAACCUAGAGGCAGUACGGGCCUCCAUACGUUUCGCCAUUGCGACGGGCCGACUCGAGGCCACUUGA